AUACUAAUAGACUAGUUCUAUGGGUUGUCCAUCCAGCUGCAUGCUAUAUUCAGCUCAAUAGGCAUUCCUUAUCAACUUGGUUUGUCCUAAGUGGAUAAUUUAGUCAAACUGUUGAGGGAUUAUAGACCUCACUUAGGAGACUCAGCGAUAUUAUGAGACUUAAUGGAAUCAGAAUACUAUCAUCUGAAAAGAGGCAUCUGAUAGACCAAAUCAUUUUCUGAUUUGGACUCUGAUGAACAUCCUUCAUGACGGUGGCAAGAACAUUUUAGCAAGCUGUUUUAUGCCUCACUUAAUAAUUUAAAGGUCUAUACACUUACCUUUGUGGUUACAUUUUCUAAGGAGUCUUUUUUUUUUUUUUGCUUUUGACACCUGAAUGGGAGAUACCUUGUUGGAGGAGAGCUUUUAAGGUGACAUUUUGCUCCACCCAAAGCCAUUGCUUUACUACACACAAGAAACCCAGUAGGAUUUUGUCUUCUUUUCAAUCAUGGGAGUGUAAAUAUAUGUUUUGAUGGAGAAUACCCCCUAAUCCUAGUCCCUACCUUCAUCAAGGAUGCCCUUAAUCCCCAUGAUGAUUAUUUUAAUGGAUUGUUUGGUAGAAAUAUGGAAUGGUAGUUAUUAAUACUAUCUGUCAGUUUUUAUAAGUAAUGAUAUUAUCAGAGAUUUUUUUUUCCCCCUUGAACCUUGGGUAUACUUUAUACUUCCUUUCAGAUACUCUUAGAAUUAAUACCUUAAUACCCUUAAAGUUGUACCUAUUCUGUAUGUAGUGUAUGAGUAUGUUAUCCAUGUAGGCUAUGUCUAUGUCUAUAUGACUUGCUUAUAUGUGGCUUAUGGGGUGGACUGGGAUAGAUAUUUCUAAAAGCUUACCAACAUUUGUCCGAUGAAAACUUUGAUUCUUACCUAGAGGGGUACAAGAGAAUGCUACUUCCAGUUUGACUGCUUUGCUUUCCUCAGAGACAGGGUACAGGACUAUAAUUAUAUUUAUCAAUUCCCUUUAAUAUUAUCAAUCUAGGGAAAUGAUUUUAUUUUUAGGUUCAAGCUGCUAAUCCUUAAAAAGGAAGGGGUAUUCCUUAUAUGUUAAAUAUAUACAUAUAUAUACACAUAUAUAUUCUCACCAAAUACUUGUUAUACAAAAGACAAGUACUCAAUAAUAAAUAAACACAUUUAUCUACGCAGAUAACAAACAGAAAGCAGAGAAGGAUACAAAUUUGAAUACAACAGACAGAACAUAGAGUGAACAAGGCCUCCCACUGGGAGUCCCCUGUGAGAAAUGAUUGAUUUGUUGAUCUAUCCCCUAGUUUAUUUCCAAUCAGUAUUAUUCAGAUUAGGAUGGUUCUAUAGGGGAAAUAAUUAUAUCUGUUAUGCUUAUCCAUUAAAACUUACAGAGUCUUAUAUCAAGUCAGUUUAGACAACUGAAAUUAAUAUAUAUUACAUUUGGAGAUAAUUAGAUUAUAUUAAGCAGAUUCUGAUUCUUUUUUUAUAUUGUACUUAUAAACCAAUGUGCAUAUACCUAACCCAAAGAUGCUGACAAAUACUGACGAGGGGACCUCCACCCUAUAUAGUGUGCUGGAGUCGAGGCCAGUCUCCACCCUGAUUCUGACCAUCCAGGCUCAACAUGAUACUUAAAAAGUCACCCAAUUAUUUCAGAUACCCCUCCUCCACCCUUGUUGCCCAACACUGGGAGGUGCUCAUCCUGUUGGCCAGCCUGCAGGCCUGUUGGCCUUCCCGUGACCACUGUGUCAGCAGAGAUAGCCCUUGCCUUAACCCCACUGUGUCAACAUCUGCUCCAAGCCUUCUUGGUAGGCGCUUUUGGAGUAUCAGGGUAUAGAUUUGUAAACCAAUGAGUUUUGUAUUUUACUCUGCUUCUUCUGUAUUUUCUGUAUCAUUUGGGUUUCAAGCACUUACUAAACUUGUACUGUGGAACAGGGGGAGAUCCUCGAUUAUGAGGAAGAUUUGAGAUCCCUUUCAUCAAAGGGAGUUAGUUCCCUUUAAUAAAUGGCUAGUGGCUUGGAGCUCUGCCUUAGUUGUUUUAGGGAAGAUAGAACAAAUUUCUCUCAGAUACACCUAAGGGAAAUUCUCUGAAGUCUCUAAGGAGGGAAGUUGGAAAUCAAGGAUAUGAUAUGGUAGAGGCCUUUUCCUUUAUGCCUACCUUCUAAUGUAUGAUCUUAUUCUCUCUACUUCUUUAGAUUCAUUUUAAUUCCUCUUCACCCUUACCCUUUCCCUCUUACAAGUAGUUUCAGCUUAUAAAAGAACCCAGUCCAAGAUUUUAAUAUGAUUUUUUGACAGGUAACAAGCAUUUAUUAAAAAUUUACUAUGUGCCAGACACUGUGCUAGGCACUGAGUGUGUCUAUUGUAAGAUAUAUACAGUGUAAAUGGAAGAUCAUCUAAGAGAAGGAGGAAAAGAAUCUAUAAAAAGUAAGUGUCCUAUUGAAAAUAGGAGAGGGAUGGGAUUGAUUUUGCUGCAAGUACAAGUUGUCCCUAAUGUUUUCUUUAGGGAGAUCAACUCUUAUCUAGACUUGGAGAACGAUGUUUACCCUGGAGUUGGAUCAGAUCAGAGGGAAAGAAACCAGUGUUUGAUUUUUCUUUGGGAGAAAUGGAGUGAUGGAAUUAACAAAUAAUUUACUUCUCCCUUGGCUUUGCCAGGGACUGAUUAGCCAAAGGAAGUUUCCAAAAAAUGGUAUGAGCAUGCAAUGAAAGACUACUUACCUUUAGGGACUUGUUCCCCUUUAGGGAAGUCAUAUAGGUAGGAAAUUCUGGAUCUAGGAUUUUAACCAAUGUUGCCUGACUCCAAAUCAGUGCUCUUCCCAUGAUACUGUAUAGAGUACAUCUCUCUCAUUACAGACAAUUACUAUACUUCCUUAAUGUUGCCUGAGAUUGUAUUUGUCUUUUGUGGCCAUCAGGUCACUUGAUACAUAUUGGACUUUGGAUUCACUCAAACCCCCAUAUAUUUAAAUUAAUUGUUGUCUAGAUACACCUCCCAAUUUUGCAUUUGUGAAGUUGACUUUUUUUUAACCCAAGCUUGAGACUUCACAUUGAUCUCUAUAAAAUUUCAUCUUGUUCUAGCCGGUUUGAUUUUUUUUUUUUUGAUCCUGACUUUCAGAAACUAUUUCCCUCCUAGCUCUGAAAGUUAGCGGACAGUUGAAUAAUUGAAGUUCAAUUAUAAAACCACUUUGAUUUUCUAAUAAAUUGAGAUCUUUUUUAGGUAAAAAUAGUCUACCUCUGCCUCUGCCCCUCCUACAUCCUCUGCCUUUUGAGCUUUUCUCACAACUUCUCUAAAGGACUAUGGGCUACUAAACCAUUUUGUUGAGUCUGCCAUCUAGUGGCAAACUGCAGAUUCUUGGACCUUUAAAACCCAUGGAUAUGGAUAUUUAAUUUCUAAGGAUGCAGAUGUUACCAUAUUCUCCUGUAUAUAGAUUUUUAGCACUUCUACCAGUGAGUCAGUGGGUAAGAUAGCAAUUCUGUCCCCCAAAUCUUGCCACAAAACAGCUGGAGGACCCUUUGCCCUAGGACAUGGGUCAAAAAACAGAACAGGAUAUAUGUGACAGUAAUUCAUCACAGAUCAUAUUCUUUAUUUUCAGAGGAUAUCCCGUCUGUUAGAUCAUCAUCUGAAACUUCACAAAUAUUUUUUCCCAUAGUUGAAACAUCAUGGGCCUAGACUACUGGAUUUUGAAGAAAACAAGCCUGGAUAUCUGAAUCCUGGGAAAACAAGUAGCAAUUUGAUAAACUGCUGAAUUUUCCAUUAUGUCUGAUGGAGACUAUGAUUAUCUCAUCAAGUUUUUAGCCUUGGGUGACUCUGGAGUGGGGAAGACCAGCUUGCUUUACCAGUACACAGAUGGCAAAUUUAACUCCAAAUUUAUCACAACAGUGGGCAUUGAUUUCAGGGAAAAGAGAGUGGUGUACAGAGCCAAUGGGCCAGAUGGAGCAACUGGCAGAGGCCAGAGAAUCCAUCUGCAGUUAUGGGACACAGCAGGGCAAGAGAGAUUUCGUAGUCUGACAACUGCAUUCUUCAGAGAUGCUAUGGGUUUUCUUCUCCUAUUUGACUUGACCAAUGAGCAAAGUUUUCUCAAUGUCCGAAACUGGAUAAGCCAACUUCAAAUGCAUGCAUACUGUGAAAACCCAGAUAUAGUGCUCUGUGGUAAUAAAAGUGACCUGGAAGACCAAAGAGUAAUAAAGGAAGAGGAAGCCAGAGAACUUGCUGAAAAAUAUGGAAUCCCAUACUUUGAAACCAGUGCUGCCAAUGGCACCAACAUAAGCAAGGCAAUUGAAACGCUCCUGGACCUGAUUAUGAAACGAAUGGAAAGAUGUGUGGACAAGUCUUGGAUCCCAGAGGGAGUAGUGAGAUCUAAUGGCCACAACUCUCCUGAGCAUUUAAAUGAAAACAAAGAAAAGGGUGGAUGUGGCUGCUAAAAGGUCAAGUGAACUGCAGAGUCAAGUAACCAACGUAUUUUUACAUAGUUAAAAGAAUAGUUUAUAUGUGGUACAGUUGCAACUAAAUGGAUCUCCAUGAGGAAUUAUGAAAGUAAUAUUUCCUAACUGAUUUAACUGACUGUUGCUGGGUAGAUAUUUUUAUAUUUUUAAAAUAUUCAGCCUGGGAUUGAAUUGAAAGGUGUAUUUAUAAUACUUAGUCCAUGAUAGUUAUUUAUUCAGGGAUCCAACAUUUUUCGGCAGAAAAAGUCAACAAAAUUGUAUAUGUUACUGGAAGAUCCAAUAAUACAAUUAUGGAAUUUAUAACUAGAAGAGACUCUCAGAGUUAGAUCUUCCAGUUCUGAAAUCUUUUCAUAGCUACUUUUAAUACUUGGUUUAGGAGCACUCUGUAUCUCCUAUAUGGUGGCAUUAUACGCAACAGAAAAAUUGCUUAGGAAAUUCUUGAAACUGUAUUUAUAGACAACAAGUUUACUGCUGUAUGUGAGCUGCAAUUAUGAAGCUGAUUUUUAAAAAGUCCAGCUGUACCAUAUAUGAAAUUAUAAAAUACUGUCUUUGCCACCUGAAUAUUAAAUUAGAAGGCACAUACACAUAUAGACAUAUCCAGUUUGUUUUAGGUGUUGAGAGGACAGUGAUCUGGAGAUAGUGAUAGAAAUUCAGGAUAAAAUUAGCUGCACCUUUGACCUCUCCAGUAUUGUUCCAUGAUGUUCCAGGGUAAUUUGUGAUGAGAGCUAGAAGGAAUUUGUUUACCCUCAUAUUAUACAAACAGCAAGUGAGUCUGGGUUAGUUCUGCUAAGGGGGGAAGCAAAGGAGAGAUGGGCAUUAUGGUCAGAAUUCUGGCAGUGUCAUCCAGGUUGCUCUCCACCUUACAUAUGAUUUCCCAAUGUUUUAGCAGGAACAUGUGCCAGACUAUAGUUAUGUCUAUGUGGCAGUAGGUUAAAUGGACCAAGAUUUCAAACCCAUCGACUUUAAUUUUGUGGGUAUUAUCAUAUGAGCAGUAAAAUUGGUGCUUCUGGCUUAUUAUUGUGUCUCCACUAUAGAAAAUAGUCAACAUGAUUGUAUUUUAUAGGCCCAAUUCACUUUGGUUGACAGUUAUGUCUGGUCAGCAGUUUUUAAAAAAAAUCAGAGCUAGUGCUUUGCACUGAAAUUAUUUGUUAAUAGGAAAACAUUUUGAACAUUUUUUUUAAAUUUAGGCUAAAUUCCCAACAUUGGUCCUCUUACCAGCUGAUUAUAUUUUAAUUGAGUUAAUUUCAAGCCUAUAUACCAAGUAAUCUUCCUUCUGACCCCUGGGCAGUAUAUACUUGAUGUUUUUCAAAUUUCUUUUUUAUUUCUUUACUAGAAGAAUUAAAAAAAUGAAUGUUUAGUUUGCUAUUUUAGUGGAAGGCAUUUUUUUUUGCUACUUUUAAAUUCUCAUUUAAUUUCUGAAUUCAGUUUAAGAAAAGUAAUUAGUGAUUACUUGUUUGGGGGCUUUUUUGUCAAUGUCACCAUGCACUGUGCACUGAACAUUCUAGGCAUGUAACUCCAAUACCUUGCCAAAGUGUCUACAUACCAAAUUUAAAGUGGUUCGCAGGUUCGUUUUAGGCAUAUUUUCAUAGCCAUUUGUUUACAGAAAUCAAAAUUGUUGCUUUCGGAGGAAUAUUUAUUAAAAGUUUCAAUAAAGAAAUGUAAACUCCCUAGAAAAUCCAGUAAAUCUGUGAUAACAUUUAAUGUAUUUUAAAUUAAAAAUAAAAAUGUAUUACAUAGAUCAUACAAUGUUUGGUUAAAAUGAAUUAUGAAGAAAAAUAAUUACUUUUACAGAACAACGUUGUGGUGAAUUUUUAAAUGCAGUGAAGGGUAGGGCUUCCCUCCUACGUUUUGCUUUCUAAUAUUUGAUGUACUUUUCUUCCUUGCUACAAAUAAUAAUGUAUAGAUACUAAAUUUUUAUUCUGAACUGCACCUGAAAUAUUUAAGAGAAAAGUGGACAGGAGGCUUAUGCAUAUACUUUAUUUGGUAUUAUUAUUAUGUGCAAUCCCAAGGAAUGGACUUUGAAAUCACUGGAUGAAGUUCAGUUUACUCAGUGGUGCCUUCUGAAGGUGCUUUGAUAGAGUAAAUGAUGUUAGUAUGAAUUGGAUGCAUAUUGUAAGAUAAUUUGUAUACUUUAAAAUAGAUAUACACAUAUGCUAUGCUUGUAUGUUUUAUAGGUAACCUGCUGGCAUGUGUCUGGGACUGAUUGAUCUCUCAAGGCGGGUUACAUGUGGUCAUUUAUUAAUAUUUAAUUUUAAAGAAUGACAUCCAUAAUUAGUUGCCUACUCCAUUAGCCUUAAAGGAAAGUUAAAGUUGAACUCUCAUGCAUUUCUUUUAAAAGUGUUAUGUGUCUGCACAAGAGCCAAGUUUAGCUACUGAAAUAAAUGAUGUCCAUUUUCUUGGGGAAUCAUUUGUUUAGAUUUGAUAUUAAAGUGCCAUAUUUUUGUCCAACAACAUAUUUUUCUAUUUACAGUCUUAUAUAAAAGUAAAAUGUAUCUUUAAUGAAACAGCUUUAAUCUUGUGUCACUUAUACAUAUUAUGCAUAAUUAAAAAGAUCUAUCAA